AUGUCAAAACCACGUCCAGCCGUUCCGCCAAAACCUGCGCGUCUUUCAAUCAACAAUUCAAGAAAAAGUGAACAGAACCAUGACUCACUCACAAAUACACGAGAGUUAGAGCUACCAAUUUGUGACUCGCCAAAGACAGAAUCUCCUGUAUGCUCUAGUCCGAAAACACCCACUAAUGAAGAAGAAACCAUAGCUAUCAACACGAACAAGUCAAACGACGAACAUUUAGUCUCGCCAACUUUGUCCGGACGUCAGGCGAGAGCUCUCUACGAUUUCGAGGGGAUACCGUCAUAUCGUGAACUUUCCUUUCGUGCGGGCGACGUUUUAACAAUAUUGAAACAACAACUGGCGGAAGGCUGGUCUUUAGGCCAAAAAGACGGAAUAACUGGUCUAAUUCCAGAGGCCUAUAUUACAUAUAUUAAUGAUUUUACGGAAUUACCUAAUGCAACAGUAGAAAACACUUCUUAUCAGCUUAGUAGUAGUAAUAACUCCCCCUUGCCAACACCUAUUACUAUGCCAGCCACCCCCUUGACUGGUACAUAUAAUAGUUUACUAAGAGGACGCCAAUUAAAUAGGUUUAGCUGGUUCGUUACCCUCGGAGCCGAAGAAUUUAUAUUAAACGGUGGUGGUGGUGGCUUGAACGAGAUCGAUGUCACCUCGCGCCUGCAAGGAGUAAAUGAGAAUGAAGAAGAGGAAAAUGAUGAGAUAACCGAAUCUGAUAAACAUUACAUUCAGAGUGGUCCUAGUUGGCGAGAAAAAACACCACCGUUCAAGGUUAUGGUGCAUAGUCCGGAAAGAAGAGUUAAAUUGGGAGGAAUGCAAGAGUAUACUGUUUUUCAUGUUACUUCUAUGUUUUCUGAAGGAGCCCAAGUCACCGUAGAAAGAAGAUUUUCUCAAUUUGAAUGGUUGCACGAUCGGCUAUCAGUUAAAUUUGGACCCUUAGUUAUACCUCCACUUCCCGAAAAACAAUAUUCAGGCCGAUUCAACGGGGAAUUCAUAGAAAAACGUCGUCGUGCAUUAGAGAGUUUUAUUAAUCGUUUGGCGCGUCAUCCUGUGUUAAGAUAUUCUGACCUUUUGACACAUUUUCUAAGUUGUGAAGAUGAUUCUGAAUGGCGUAAACGCGAAAAAUUAUUUGAUUCUGACAAAAUAACAGGCCAGGCAUUUUUCAAACAUGUUUAUCAUCCGGAAUUCAAUAUUGAUGAAGGAGAUAUUGAAGCAUUUGAGCGAUUCCAAGCUUUUACACGCGGGAUGGAAAAAUUAAUGCCGUAUGUUAAUGAAGCGUCAACUGCGCAUAAAGAUUCUAUGAAUGAAUCUCAACGGCAAUAUCGUCGUAUUGGUUUUGAUUUACUACGUCUUGUUACUGGACAUAAUGUCGGAGAUGGAAAUGAAUGCAUAAAUGAAGAGGGCGCCUGGUGUUGGCGAGACGGAUGCCAAAGUUGUCAAAAUCUUACUAAAGCGAUCCAGGCCACCGCUGAAAGUAUGCAAACUAUAGCGGACUUAUAUGACCUUUAUACAAAAGACGAAUGUAUUACGCUCAUAGAAAAUUUCAAAGAAUAUAGUUAUCCUGUUAGUAACUAUGAGGCACUAGUAGAUACACACAUGGGAACGUACAAGAAAUUCAAAGAAGUUGCAAUAACUGAAAAUGAUGAAGCGUCAAAAACAGAAAAUCCAGAUUCUGAAGAGAUUCGUUCGCGUUGUGAGACUGUGUUCAAUGUGACACUUGCAGAAGUAGAUCGAAUUCAUGAUGAACGAGUAACUGAUUUCAAAGACAUUACCAAAAAAUUUUUAGAUGGGCAGAUUGAAUUAUAUGAAAAGAUACUCGAAGAACUUCGACAAGCGCGAUCAAACUUUGAUGACCCACACUAUUCUUCCCUCUCACAAACGCCAAUCUCAUCCAGCAGAUACGAGGCACUCAUCGACGAACAAAGACCGAUUUUAUCACGCCCGGUGUCUGUUGCAUCCGUCGGAUCAAUGUCGAGUGUAGUUGGUGGGGUGGUUGAUGGGGUGGGAAGCAUGGGAAGUUUCUUGUUAAAGAAAACUGCGAGAACUUCAUUAGGUCGUGUUACUUCUACAUCGUCGUCAAUGUUUGAUAUAUGGUGGGGUAGAAGCUGA